AUGGAUUUGGAACUCUCCUCAAAUAACUUGAGUGAUGUCGUGCAGUUUGACCAAUUUUCAAAGUUAAAAAAGCUCCAAAUUCUUUAUCUUUCUGAUAAUAGCUUAUCAUUGGUAUCUAACAGUAAUAAUAAUGAUACUUUGCCCAAUACUCUUUCUGAAUUACAUUUGUCUUCAUGUGGCAUAAGUGAGUUCUCAUACUCCUUAAGAAGCUUAGAAAAUUUAAGAUACUUGGAUCUCUCCAACAAUCAAAUCGAAGGGAGUGUUCCCCAAUGGCUAUGGAAUAUGGGUAAGGAUUCAUUGUAUUUACUAGAUAUUUCUCACAACUCUUUAACGCAAAUAGAUCAGAUUCCAUGGAAGAAUCUAGCAUUCAUUAACCUUUGCUCCAACCGACUUCAAGGAAAUUCAAGUCUCCGUGUGCUAGAUUUGCACAAGAUAAAUGGAGCAUUCCCCUGGUGGUUGGAAUCUCUUCCGAAUCUCCAAGUUCUUAUCUUGAGAUCUAAUAGAUUUCAAGGUCCAAUAGGCAAUCCCAAGGUGAGACAUCCCUUUCACAAUUUGAGAAUCAUGGAUCUCUCUGGCAAUGAAUUUACUGAUCAUUUGCCCCAAAAAUAUUUUAAGAAUUUUGUGGGAAUGAUGAAUGCUACUUCAGAUUACUUGAGAUACAUGGAAUAUCCAACACUAAUUCGAUAUUAUGAAAGCAGUUCAUUGACAAUAAAAGGAUAUUAUCCUGAGUUAGAGAAAAUCCAAACCAUGCUUAUAUUCAUUGACUUCUCAAGAAAUAAAUUCACAGGAAAGAUCCCAGAAUUGCUUGGUAAGCUCAACUCACUCAAAGGGCUCAAUUUUUCACAUAACAAGAUAUCUUGCAAUAUUCCACCAUCCUUGGGAAAUUUGACCAAUCUGGAAUGGUUAGAUCUCUCCUCGAAUGAGCUUGUUGGGAAGAUUCCAUGGCAAUUGGCAACAAAUCUAAAUCAACUCCAAAUUUUAAAUCUUUCUGUGAACCAAUUGGAGGGGCUUAUACCUCGCAGUCGACAAUUUGAUACAUUCACAAACGAUUCAUACAAAGAGAAUUUGGGCUUAUGUGGGUUUCCAAUUUCAGAAUCAUGCAACGAGGACACCAUACACCAAUUUCAGCAAGAAGACAAUGAGGAGCAUGUGAAGGGAUUUGAUUGGAAAAUUGUGUUAAUAGGAUUUGGAAGUGGAAUGGUUAUUGGAAUUUCGAUCGGAUACAUGUUCCUUACCGAUCAAAACAUUGAUGGGAUUGUCAAAACAUUGAAAGGAGAACAAUGGCAUCUUAUGGCAAAAAGAUCAAAGCAGAGGAGGGCUCGUCAAAAUGUUGGAAUUGAGAGAAGACAUUAG